GCCAUGGUAACCGAUUCGAACAUACCAAAUGGAGACAUUUCACACUCGUUACAACAGCUGCAGAAACUAAAUAUUAGAAGUACCGUUCAACCUGUGGUUUACAAGAUGGACUAUCCGUGUCGAGGAAAGGCGGUGAUUGUCAAUCAGACCCGGUUCGAUCCGAUGACUGGCAUGUCGAACCGGGAAGGAACAGACCCGGAUAUUGAAGGACUUGAUCGAGUGUUUAGCAAUCUCGGCUUCCGGACCGAGGCUCAUAGUGAUCUGACGAUAGACGAAUUUAGAAAACUUCUCAAAGAACUCAGCAUUGAAGAUUUCAGCAACGACGAUUGCUUACUGUUCAUCGCCAUGAGUCACGGCGAAGAGGGCGUCCUAUACUGUAGAGAUGGCACAGUGGCAGUUGACGAGUUAGUUUGUCGCCUGAAAGGGAUCAUGUGCCCGACACUAGUUGGAAAACCAAAGCUCUUCUUUAUACAGGCAUGCAGAGGCACCCAGAUGGACCAUGGUGUUCGUGUUCCUGCCGGUGAGGGCGACGAUGAACCUGAUGCUGCCCUCGGCCAGAAAAUGUUUUACACUAUUCCGGUGGAGGCAGAUUUUCUUAUGGCAUUUUCAUCAACGCCAGGUUACUACUCGUGGCGGAGUAUCCGAGAAGGAUCGUGGUUCAUACAAGCCAUCAUUACCAUCUUUGAGAAAUACGGAACGUGCAUGGAUGUGAAUCAAAUGAUGACCCGUGUGAACAGAGCGGUCGCUUAUCGAUACGAAUCGAUAUCCGGUGACGAGCGGUACAACGGGCGAAAGCAGAUGCCUUGUUUUGUGUCCACACUAACGAAAGAACUUUACUUCAUACCGAAGAAAUAAUGAACGAGUGAUAUUCAUUGCAUAUUUAUUAUUAAUUUGUACAAAUUUAGAGACAAUGACUAUCGGCUAGAUGUUUCACUAUGCAAAGUGUUUAACAAUGCUUGCAAAAGCACAGAAAAGCUUUGUGUUUUUGACACCUUUCGCGGAAGACCUGUAGAUCUGGGAACACUUCAUUCCGAAUGAAAUGAAGAACAAAUGAUUUUUUAAGGAAUACAUUAUUUAUAAUCAUGUAAAGAUUUAAAAACACCGACAAUGAGCUUGGCUGAUAUUAUUGUUCGAAAUGGAGAGGCUGCAACUGCGAGAGCAACACAUACGAAUGAUGCCGUGUUUUUAUUUUAACUUUCGUGGAAGAUCUAUAACAUCAAUGAUCAACGGUAUUGACCAUGAUGUGGAAUCUUGACAUUGACAUGAAACGUUUGUCAGCUAAUUAUUAAAAGCAUUCAAUGCUUAAAUUGUAUUUCACUCGACGAUCAUGAUCAGUAGCCGUGUUUUGUGAAUUUUUGUCUCAACGUUACAAAUGAAGUAUUUAUACACCGAUGAAAUCGUGGAAAUACAACGAGCACUGACCAGUUACACAUUAUAAAAUAUAGUGUAUAACUGUAAAGAUAUGAGAAAAACAAAGACUGUUUAGUUUAUCAAUGUAUACAUUGAAUAUUUGCUCAAAUUUGCAAGAGAAAGCAGGUAGAUGCCAAAAUGGCAAACUAACGCUCGAGUCGAAUAUAUACAUGUUUUUAAAAAAGACGAUUUGAGCUCAGUUUAUUGAUGUUUCAAAUCCGGCAGAUGACCUAUAAAUACUAUGUUAACGUUCACGAGAAAACGUCGUACCGAAUAUGUUGCGGGAAUGCUGAAAUUUGAAAUGAACAUGCAAGUAUUAAUGUUUAAGGAAUAAUAACUUACCAGCUUUGUUAUAUUUUAAUCAUUACUUUGAUGGAUGGAUUCUGCUUGAUUUAUCAUCGGAGGAGCAGAUUUCUUGCCCGUCGUUGUAUAUAGUGCCUUGGUUAUUUUCGCAAGGGGCAGACAAAAGUGCAAACAACCUGUGAAACAAAAAUUUGGCAUUGGUUUACUGGGUAGGGGUAGGGGAUCAUGUUGCCCUAAUCUUCCCUUUUAUUCCAAAUUUAGUUAUAGUUUUCUGAACUGUGAACGGGACAAGAUGCGUCAUUGUCCGGAUUCAAUUUUAUAUUCAUUCUCUGCAAGAAACCAGCUUUCGUGAUUCUUCAUCAUUAUAAAUGAAAUAUCUCUUCUUUGAACAACAAGAUUAAUCGCAAAUGUUUCCGAUCGAUCAAUUCAUUGGCAUAUUCGAUACUUUAAGGUAUAUCCAUAUAAUUCGUGAUCUCAUUAUGUAUUAUGUCAUUCUCAUGCCCCCAUAUUUCAAUGGGAGAUGGACAAGACAAAAUAGAAAUUGCGUGGGGUUCAAUUUCCGAUUUUUUAAAAAACAUUUGCUAUUUUGUUUGUGUGUGUGCAUACAAAUGACUUUGUUCAAUACUUUCUCGUAUUUCCAAGUAUUAAAAUAAGCGCAUCGUCUUUAGAUAUUGAUUGUUUGAUGAAAGAAAUAUGAAUGUUUAUCAUAAUGAGAAUAACAGCACGCAUUUUUCUAA